CAGUUGAAGCUUGUCGCCGGUGCGAGAAGGGUGUGCGAGCGGACGGUCCGAGCGCCCUCUGAGUGGAGUUCACUUUCGGGUUCGUUCUGAAUCUCGUGAUCAUCGACCUGCAGGAGAGACUGGAUUUCGGUGUGAUAGUCCUACGAUGGCAGCAAUUGAAUAACAAGUGUCGUUGAAUUGUCUCCACGAGAUUAUAUACAGAAAUUUGAAAAAAAGACUACGAGCAAGUGUAUUUAUUGCUCGAUCAUUGCCAUCAUGGACGGAGGAAGUUUAAAAGCAAUCACGAUGGCAUCUCUCCGUGCCUUGACAUGCUGGUGCUUGCUUCUCGGCGCGGCAAUGAGCUUCAACAUCGAGUCGGAUUAUUUUGUGCUUCAUAGAGGACCCUCCGAUAGCAAAUUCGGAUUCAGUGUGGCACAACACCGCGAUACCCAGGGGGCUUGGGUGUUGGUUGGCGCCCCUGAGGCCAGCACCUUCCAGCCCGACGUCGAGCGAGGGGGCGCCGUGUACAAGUGUCGACCCGACAUCCCCGACGACUGUGACCCGAUACCCUUCGAUACGACUGGCAACCACUGGGAAACUGGAAGACAAGUCGACAACAAGAGCAUGCAGUGGUUCGGCGCUUCGGUGACAAGUCGCAGCGGUGUCAUUGUGGCUUGUGCUCCUCGUUAUGUCUGGUUCAGCGUCAAGAAGAACCGGCGAGAACCAGUAGGAAAUUGCUUCAUCAGCACCGGAAGGGAAUCGCAGGCCUAUCAGAUGUACUCGCCUUGCAUGACCACUGCCUGGGGCUACCAUCGCCAAGGGUCCUGCCAGGCUGGAUUCGGGACAGCGCUCACCACGGGUGGGAAUCGAUUAUACGUCGGCGCCGUUGGAAGCUUUUACUGGCAAGGUCAGGUGUUUUACCAAGAUUUGCUGAACCAGAGAGAGGCGCUGGCGACGGGGGAGGGGCCCCAGCAGGACGACAUGAGCUACCUUGGCUAUUCUGUGGCCACGGGGGAGUUCAGCGGCGACGGCGAGGAAGACCUGGCGGUGGGGAUGCCCCGGGGCAAUAACCUGACGGGCCAGGUAGUAGUGUUCGACCACCGCCUCAACAUCCUCUACAAUAUUACGGGUCGCCAGAUCGGUUCCUACUUCGGCUACUCCGUCACUGUCCUCGACGCCAACGGAGACGGUCUCGACGACGUGGCGGUGGGCGCGCCCUGGUACACGGACCCAGCGGCUUCCACGGACUUCGAGGUGGGGUCGGUGUCGGUCUACACGCAGACGCAGCAGCGUAACUUCCAGCUCUCCGUCCAGCUGAUGGGCGACCGGUCCAGGAGUCACUUCGGGCUGUCCCUGGCGGCCCUGGGCGACCUCAACCGCGACGGCUACGGGGAUCUGGCGGUGGGCGCCCCGUACGCCGGCGAAGCAGCUCGGGGCGGCGUCUACAUUUUCCUCGGGGGACCAAAAGGCCUGGCCAAGACUCCCUCUCAGGUACUUUUGGCGGAAGAAUUAACGCAGGUGAACAUCGCCACCUUCGGAUGGGCGCUCUCAGCGGGGGAAGACCUGGACGGAAACGAGUAUCCCGACCUGACGGUGGGCGCCUACGACACCAACAAAGUCGCUGUCUUCCGCACGCGACCUGUUGUGCAGGUCAAGGCCGAAAUAAAUUUCAGCGGCAGGAGCGGCAUCAUCGACCUAGACCAGCAGGGCUGUUCCCUUCAGGACGGCACCAACGUCCCGUGUGUGGCCCUUCAGUAUUGUCUCACAUACUCGGGGCACGGCGUUCCAAAGGACCUCUCUGUAGAAGUGUCCUUGAAACUGGACCGACAGGCUGAGUUGUCGCCUCGCAUGUUCUUCCUCGAGAAGGAGAAGCACUCGGUCUCCAACUCGACCAUCGAACUCAGGAAGUCCGUCAAGGGAUGCAAAUCCGUGUACACCUAUAUCACCAGCGACCCCCGGGAUAAGCUGACGCCCCUGGAAGCGGAGAUGCACUACCGCCUGACGGAGGGCCGGCCCCGCGUCCCCCGCGAAGUGCUGCGCGCGAUGCUGGCUCCUCCGGCGUCGGGCGAGCGAGAGGCGUCGCGCACCACCAUCUACAUCAAGAACAACUGCGGGGAGGACAACGUCUGCGUGCCGGACCUCAAGACGCGGGUCAAGACCGACUUUGACGAGUACGUGCUUGGCUCCCGCGACAACCUGGUGCUGAUGACGAGCCUGAGCAACGAGGGCGAGGACUCGUUCCAGACGAAGCUGCACGUGCGUGUCCCCAGAGGAGUCACCUUCAGCAAGUUCCUGGUGACGUCCAGCACCGCGGAGGACGUCACCCCCAUCUGCUCGGCGCUCACCAGAGAGGAGGAUGAGCAGGUGGUAUGCGACAUGGGCAAUCCGCUGCCCUCCGGGAAGGAAAUUGCCCUGCAGCUGGUGUUCCAACCCAACCCCGAGGCCAUCGUCAGCGCCCGCCUCACGGUCCUCCCCUUCAACGUGACGGCCACCUCGACCAACGAGGAGCUCCACGGGACCGAGCGGGACAAUCACGUCAUGAAGGAACUGCAGGUCACCGUCAGGAGCGACAUCGACAUCAAGGGAAUCUCGUGGCCGGACGGCGCCUUCGACUACAACGCCUCCCGCUUCGGCGUGGGGCUGCUUGGCGAGGGCGAGCAAGUGAGCCACGACUGGCAGGUCGGCCCGGAGGUGACCCACGUCUACGACGUCAACAACCAGGGGCCGUCGGACCUCCCGCAGGCCCAGAUAUUCCUCCUGUGGCCCACCAGGACGCUCGGGGGCGACCCGCUGCUCUACCUGCUGGAAGAACCCGACGUGUCGUCCGAGGCUGUCUGCCACUCCAUCCCCGACGUCAACUACCUGGGGCUCACGGUGGCGGAAGCGACGUACGACCAUCUGGUAACGGCGCCCGAGCUGGCAGCUCAGGUGGGCAGCUCCUUCCUCCAUGUGACCGAAGAAAGCGCAGCGCUUCACGCCAAGCACCGGACGCGCCACGGCCAUCGCCUGAGGAGGAGCCAGAGGCGGCGCCUGGAGGACGAGCUGUCCUGCGGCCCGACCAACUGCACCCGCGUGAUGUGCACGGUGUCGCCCUUCAGAGCCAAGUCCAACAUCAUCAUCCGCGUGCGAUCCCGCCUCUGGGUGGACACCAUCGAAAAGCUGGGACGGUCCGAGGUGAAGAUCACGUCGCGCCUGGUGAUCGCCGGAAUGGGCAUGGCGGAGGAGGAUGAGGCGGGGCCGAGCUGGGGCGACGUGGAGCAGCUGUGGGCGGGCACGGUGACCACGCUGGUGCGGACGGGCCCGGAGGAGCACGUGCGCUCCCUCAAGUGGGUGGUGAUCGUGGGCAGCAUCCUCGCCGGCCUGUUGCUACUGGCUCUCCUCAGUGCCAUUCUCUGGGCGCUGGGCUUCUUCAAGAGGAAGCGGCCUCAGGACAAGUCGGACUCCGAGCCCCUCAACGGCAACGGCUUCUACAGCAACGGCAAGUCGUGAGGGUCGCCGCCCCCGCGGAGAGGAACCCCGGCAGAAGUGACGCCUCGUGCCCUUCGCGCCGCGUGCUGCACUUGAAACCGUUCGCCGUGUAAUGUGCAACUGAAACAGAGCUUUAAUCGGGAGUUUUGGGUGUGCAUUGCAACAUAGACGGGAAAAAAAAUAAAGAGAAAGAUGAUGAGUAUGUUAACAAUGUGUGGAACUGACCGUACCUCCCGUUCGAGGCGAAAGUGUAAAUAUAUAGAGCCUCCCACCUAUCCGAUCAUGCUUCAUUUUCAAGGUGUUUGAAGUUACCGUCACUUUAGCAUUAAGUGUACCGUGUGCUCAAAAGUGCCAUAUUAGCUCCUUCAGUCACUGCUUUUUGUGCCUUAUAUGUUGCUUGAAAAUAUUUUCCUGUUAUUUCUAGGACCGUGGAUAAUAUUCGGACAAUCUGGUCACCAAAAGUGCAAUUUCUGUGUGCAUGUGACUGCCAUGAUGCAUUUAAAAGGCGUGUUGAAUCGGGUGAUUGACUCGUCUAAUUUGAUAUAAUAUAGAGUAGCGUAGCUGUUAAAUAAGUGCUAAGGUUGAGUACUUAAAAUGUGAGCUGACGUCCGCAUUGUUUCUGUAAAUAAGCCUAGUGGAAUGAAGUCUUAGUCAUAUUGAUGUAAUUUUCCUUGUAAAAAACAAACAAACGUUAUAUAUAUAUGAAUAUGAAUCAUGUAGAUAAUUAUGCAACCGCUUCGUGGCCCUAACUCGUGUCAAACGCAGAGAGAGAGAGAAAGAUAAUCGAGAUGAAACAAGUUACGUGAUGGCUAAUGGUAGAGGGAACUUUAGAGGCUUAGCAAAUGUCGACAUUCCUGUGUUGGAUAUUCGAGGAAAAUGAGAGAAAUGAAAAUUAAAGAAUGACCCUCGUGUGUAAGGAAAAUGUGUAUGUGAAAAUGAGUAGUUACAGUUAUCUCUAUAGAACUUGUUAUCUUGGUAAGAUUGUUUCUUACUGAUUACUGUUAACUAGCCAACGAUCUCGUCAGCAUACACGCCUGGUUCAUCCCUCACGAACACUGCCCACACGAGCUUAGGAGCGAAGAUGCGUUAUUUGGACUGAGGCCAAAACAGUAGGGCCUCCAUUCCUAAUACUGUGAUUGUGUAUAUAUAUUUUUUUACAGUUAAUUUCCACGAUUUAUUCCCAAUUCAGCGGAGGAAUGGGUUAUUUUACUCGACCGUGUUUUGUACAUAUGAAUGUUUAUGUGCUUUUGGUUUGCAAUAGGUAUCACUGAUGUCACUUUUUUUGCCUAAAUGAAUAAACACAUGAUUCCUAUUGUGAUUCCAGUGUAGUAUUUAUAGGGAAACCGCAUUGUGUGCCAUGAACAACAUUCACCAAGAAGAUACAUUUCAUUAACUGUUCAGAUCUUAUUAAGGUAGAUUUUUAAUGGGCUAUUUGUAGUUGACUUUGUUACAUGAAGUACUUGUAGGUUAAGGCAACAAUGAUUAUUUGAAUCUCAUCAAGUUGUGUUCUAGUCAAUUUCCAUUAUUUGUCUACUUACAAUACCCAUACUUAGUUGUAGAUUGUCCACUAUUCUCUUUUCCCGGGAAUGAUAGCGCACGUUUCGGUAGGAAAAAUGUGAAUCUCGAGUGAACAUAUUGUUCGUAGUUCUGCCGUUGUGCUGUUCCUUGGUGCUUCGUUCAAGGAGGCGCCGGGAUUACUGAUCAUAUUACUGGUCGGGUUUUUUUUACUUUCUUUUUUUGUUAUCCUUUUAAGCUUAUAGAGAAUACGUAUUCUUCUUUUUCUUGUUAUUUUAUAACCUUACCAGAUUUCUUUCUUUAUGUGGGAUGUAUGCUUAUUUGUCUUUCUUUACGUGAUGUGUUCAUUAGAGAAACGAGGAUAAAAGUGAUGUAAAAAAUAUUCAUAGGUGGAGACAGCUGUUCAUUAGAAAUAGUAAAUUGGUGUUUUGUGUAAAUUAAAAGAGUAUUCAGUUGAAUUUAGCCACUAGGAUGUAUACAUGACUCGUUUUAUGUAUAGGCAAAAGUGUCUUGGGAGUGAAAAGUACGCGGCGUAACAUAAAAGGUGUCAGAUUUGUAUUGUAUUGUCUAUCUUCAAAUAAUUUCCCAAGCGUCUUAAACCACUCUCGACGCAGGUAUUGUCACAAACAAAGAUCUCCCAAUUUUCCUAACAAAUCACAUGAAUCUCAUGUUUCAAAUACCACGAAAUGUUAACCCAUGUAUCCAGAGCUCUCUUUAUCUUGUUAUAAAAGGUUAGAUCUGUGAAUCUGAUGUGCCAUGUCCUCUCGCAUGGUUGAAUGGAGAGACGGUGAAUGUUAAUAUUACUUAACGUUGUGUAUGCUGUCCGUGUAUCGACUUGACAAUCGUGUGUGCCUUACGAAAUCCGAAUAAAACUACUAUCCUAA